CCGACCUCUGCUGUUGUCACGUCUUUCUGUCCGCUGCUUCUGACACAGUGAGAUCUAAUCAGCAGGAUGCCUGAGCAUGUGCAAGAGAGGAAGCCAAAGAUCUCAGCUUCAAGGAAGCUGAUGCUCAAGAGUCUGAUGGUGGCAAGAGCCAAGGAGGAAUUGGAGCAGGAGGUUGUGGUUAAAGAGGAGGAGAAACAGAACUACCUGUCAGAGAGAGCUCCUCCGCUAAACACCAGCAGCCUGAGCCUUGCACAGCUACAGGACCUCUGCAACGAGCUCCAUUCCAAGAUAGAUGUGGUGGAUGAGGAGCGAUACGACAUUGAAGCUAAAGUCACGCUCAACACACGUGAGAUUAAAGACCUGAACAUUAAAGUGUUGGACCUCAGGGGGAAAUUCAAGAGACCUAGUCUUCGUCGCGUUCGUGUGUCUGCUGACGCCAUCCUUCGCUCACUGCUGGGCUCCAAGCACAAAGUCUCCAUGGACCUCCGGGCCAACCUCAAGUCUGUCAAGAAAGAGGACACUGAGAAGAAGAGGCCAGUCGAGGACAGCGACUGGAGGAAGAAUGUGGAGGCCAUGUCAGGGAUGGAGGGAAGGAAGAAGAUGUUCGAUGCUGCAAAGGGUCCCGCCCAGUGAAAACCCAGAAGGUGAUGGGCUGGUGUCAUGUGAGCGGCAUCACGUAGACUGCAUCUACUGCAGCUUCGACAUGUCUCUUUAAUGCGGUCAUUCUUGUGUAUGCUCCUGCUAUGUCCCCACUCUCCUGAAUGGUCUUCUCCACUUUCCUUAAGAACUGAUCCGUUUGCGGUUGCUUGAUAUGCUGUUAAAAAUGACUUUAUCUGUGUGCCAUUUUCUAUUAUUUGUAUUGUUCUCAUAACUGAACCCCAGAGAUUUAGGCUUAUAUUUGUAGAGCAAAGUUUUAAAAAAAGGCAGCUUGUAUCUUCAGAAGGCAAUUGUGGAUAGUAAUGUAAUUUAAUCAGCAGGCCAAAUGAUAUUAUAGCCAAUAAUAAUAAUGAUAAUAAUAUGUUCUGACCAAAUUCAACUGCAUCUUUGAUAUUAUUGCUGGGUGAUAAAACUGUAAGCAUGGUGUGUGGUUUUGUAAACUGUAACAAAAUGGCGUCAUCAGCAGGAUUUACAACAACAACAAUUAAACACACCAAAUGUAUCUUCAUUUAUUGGUGCUUUUCUCAUUGUAAAACUGUGCUAAAUGAACAAUGGCUUUCUUUAAAUAAAUGCAA